AUGCCGCAACUGAAGAAAGUUGGAGGAGGUGGAGGCGGAGGGAGAGGGCCAGGCAGAGCAUCACCAAAUACACCAAACCCUCCAUCUUCUCCUGCUAAUAGUGUCAGUAGAGGAUUAGGUGGCAAUCGACCUUCUCCGGCAGUUGGGAACAGAUUUGGUAACCCCAGACCUUCGUCUCCGCCUACAACAAAUGGUCCCAGUCAUGUCUCGCAGUUCCCCCGCCCGACGCCAGGCGGAUUCAAUCCGGGCAACAAAUCAUCCGCCUCCCCCAGCCCGGGCAGGGCCUCCUCCGCCCACCAGAAA